AUGGCAAAGAAAAGGCAAAGACAGCUGGUGGUUGCCCUGCACAAGAAUAAUACUCCCAGUGGUCUAAUUGAGUCUUCAAACUCCGAUAAUGAUCUUGAUCUGCAAGAUAGUUGGGUGAUAGUUAAAAAGCAGAGAGUCAAAAUUCUGAUACCUCCGCUGCCUGUUGCUAAUAAAUCUCCACCACCAAACUCAGGACCAAUUCAGCUGCAACCUGUGGCCACAGAAGUGGCAGGCGAUGGAUCACAAUUACCUGUUGAGACGUGUCCCAAAACGGCUUCAAUUCAUGAGCGAAAGAAGAUUGAAUAUCUUGCUCCUAAAAGGGGUAUUCAACUUACUAGAAAACGUCCUCCUGCUAAACACAAUUUGACAUUUUCCAAGUCAUUUGGGCGAGAUUUAAGAAUGGAAUUACGAAAUCAAGAUCAAAUAGUUUCUUCUCAAUGUCAUAGAACUCUGGGAGUAUCCAAAACCUCAAAAGCUAUCUUGCAGCCAAGGCGAUCACAUGGACCGUGUAUUUUCCUUGAUCAGGGAAUGUUGCUGAACCAAAGGCUAAGAGCUCUGAAUCUUGAGAGGAAGCUUCAGAAAGCUGGCGGGUUAAGCCGGUGGCUAGCGUCACUAGGACUGGGGCAGUUUGUUAGGAUUUUCCAGAGGAAGGGUCUCACUAAAUUUCAGUUAGUUAAUCUGACCAUGAAGAAGCUCAAAGAUAUGGGUGCAAAUGCAGUAGGGCCUAGGAGGAAGCUCAUGCAUGCAAUCGACUGCUUCUGCCAGCCAUGCUUUUAUUAA